AUGACAAGGAAGAAUCCAUCAUUGGUAAAGCGGACAUCGAAUCGGCUAAUAAUACGAUCACAUCUAUCGCCAACAGAUAAUCAAACGAACGAUGAACAGCCAUCAGCACUAUCACCAUUACAGGCUAAUGUACUAUGGAAUUAUCCAGCAUUGGAUUCAUUUUCUAAACUUUACAUACCCGGAGGACAAAUGGAUUUGGAAUGGCAGCCAUCGGUUUCGACAGUUUUUAAGAUUAUAUUCUCCUUUCGAAUUUCCGCUGCAAUGUGGAGUAUAAUAAGCGAUUGCGAUGAAGUAUACAAUUACUGGGAGCCUCUUCAUUUAUUUCUUUACGGCACCGGUUUUCAGACGUGGGAAUACUCACCACUUUAUGCUAUACGCUAUGUGUCAAGAACAAAAUGCAAAGGCUUGAAUAAUAUUGCGUUACCGGAAACGGCCAGUAAUGCUAUUUCACAUUUCUUCGAUACUAAUAUAUAUGCAGUAAUUAUGGAACUGAUUAUUAUCACGUCACAAUGUCAAAUGACAAUUAGCUGUCCGGGUUGUAUUUCUGAUUAUCUUCGAGGUCCAGCGCUGAUAAUGUGAUCUUAUUUAUACAUAUUAAUGCAUUACGGACCCGCUGCAAUACUGAAAAAGAUAUUUUUCGCUAACAAAACAAGCGUUUUCAUUACAAUGCGUUGUUUACUGGGAUUGUUCAACGUAGGUGCUGAAAUAAAAAUGUAUCGAGCACUCUGCUCACGGUUCGGGAACGGUAUUGCUAGGAUAUACGUUUUGUUAACAUCACUUUCAUCUGGAAUGUUUGUCGCAAGGUCCAUAGCGAUAUCGUUUACCACUUUGAGUGCAUUGAUUAGUUGGCCGUUUGCAGCCAUACUUGGUUUACCAAUCGUGCUUGAAAUGCUAAUUGUUCGACCUCGUGAAUUAGCUUCUACUUUUUGCAGUUAUGCAUUGAUUUCUGGUUCUGCCAUUACCAUAGUAUUGAUUGUUGCUCCGCUGAACAUUGUUCUGUACAAUGUAUUUUCGUCACAUGGGCCAAAUCUUUAUGGCGUUGAAGAUGUGAAAUUUUACAUCAAAAAUUUAUUGCUUAAUUGGAACGUUGUUAUUAUCUUGUUCCCGUUUGCAAUACCGUUUGCAGGAUUAGCAUAUGUUUGGACACGUUCAUCUCGGCAAUUAGUACAUUCCAUAACUCGAGAAAUAUCUUUGGUUUAUUGGAGGCGUUUCUUACCGAUCCUUUUCAUUUUCCUAUCAGUUGUACUGUGGUUCGCAAUAUUUUUUUGGCAACCUCAUAAAGAAGAACGGUUUUUGUUUCCUGUUUAUCCUCUUCUAGCUAUUUUGGCUGCUAUCACACUUGAUGCUUUACCUCGUAAUCGCAGCGAAAUAUAUAGUGCUGAUGAUAAUAGCACGGUGAUACAUCUUUGUGUCGGUAAGGAAUGGUAUCGAUUUCCAUCUUCUUUCUUUCUACCAUCCGGUAUAAAAAACAGCAAAAAUCAAGUGUUGAUUGCGGAAUUGAACUUUAUAAAAAGCGAAUUUGCGGGUUUGCUGCCAAAACCAUAUAUGAAAGGUUCUUUGCCCGAAGUUACACGUGCUAUACCAACAGGGAUGAAUGAUCUUAAUCGGGAAGAAGUUAGUCGAUAUGUUGAUAUCGAACAAUGCGAUUUUUUGAUUGAUUUAGAAACUCCGGACACAACUGUACUCGAA